CUCUGCUCACUGGGCUAACUAAAGCCCAUCAACAAGCUAGUUAGCAGUAAGCUGAGAUGAUGAACGAAAUCGGCGAUGCUCUCGCAACAAGAGAAUAUGCAUUAGUAUAGCUAACUGAGAGCUUCCCCGGUGCACUGACAAUCACUAUCAAGCUCAGGACCGUUUCAGGUGGUUGUAAUUAGCUGCUUCAUUCAUGCAGUCGCCGGUGCGCUGGGGGGUUUGAGCUCCGAGUGGCGGGGAAGCUCAGUCAUCAGCUCGCUGGGACAACUGGGACAACACGGCUCACUCACCGAGUAGGAGCAUGGUGGUCCCGGACAGUGCCAGCGUGGCCCCCCAGCCUGACAAUGGCUGCCCCACUGGCCUAAUGGAGAGCUCCAAGCCCGGGUGUGAAGAGGAGGUGGAGGGGGGUCAAGACCUGGCUGGGGUGGAGCUGGAGGAGGUCCGAAAGCUGCAGGAGCUAGUUCGUAGGUUGGAGGUCCAGAAUGAGACCCUGCGCAACAGGGGCAGCAAGACGAACAUCCACAGGGGGGGCAACAGCAACCUCACAGGCGCUGUCAAUAUCAAUGAGAGGCUGACUUGUGAAGGGGUGACCAACUCCCAUCUCAGGUUGGAGUGCAGUGGUGAGAUGGGCAGCACAAACUUUGAGCUGUCACCCCCUCAGGACAGCAGCAGCGGCGAAGAGAUGUCCCCUCUGCCUGUGGCCAACGUUCUGGAGGAAGAGAAUGAGGUGGAAGAGGAGGAACAGGGUCCGUGUGGGGGCUUUCUCACCUUGACUUGCAGCAACGGAGCGGGACAGUCCCAGGGGCAAAGCCUGACGCCAGAGAGCCCCUCUCAGGAAAGUUAUGAGUCAGAGACACUUGCAGAGGGUGAUUCAGGGGUGGACCAAACUGCACUGGAUGAAGUGGAUGUCCUAGAUUUGGAGGAUGAGUGUGCGGAAGUAGAGGACGAGGACAGUUGGUUGUAUGUGUCUCCGAAAAAGCAAGUAGCAGAUCCAGGCCCAGAGUCUCCUUUGAAAUGGUGUCGGCAGGCUCUUGACCACCGCAGCCCAGAGACAGAACUAGCUUGUCGGACCCUGAUCAGCCGCCUGGACCAGACGUCUCGAUGGAGGAACAUGUACAGUAGCCCGUCAGCAGAGGCAGGCUCGGCAGGCUCAGGCCUGAUCUCUCCUGGGUACCACAAAUCAACUAACAAAUCCCUACUAACCUGUGGCAGCUCAGGUGUCCCAAGCAUGCAGUCAGCCCUGAGUUCGCAGUCCUCCAUAGACAGCGAGCUCAGCACAUCAGAUGACUCCAUCUCGAUGGGCUAUAAGCUGCAGGAUCUCACAGAUGUCCAGAUCAUGGCUCGCCUACAGGAAGAGAGUCUGAGGCAGGAUUUUGCUUCCAGCUCAGCGUCUGCAUCACGCCGCAGCUCCACAGCCUCUCUGCAGUCCUUGCGCCGGGGGGGCACCUACAGCGAUCAGGAAUUUGACAGUUACAGCCUGGAGGACGAAGAGGAUGACUUCUGUUCUGUGCCCCAGCGACGACAUCGCUUCACCCCCUCGCCCUUAGGCUCACCACGUUGCCUGUCUCCCUCCACCUCCAACCACGGUCAGGAAUACAGCAUCCGACUCGGGGCCCCACGCACAAGAACACCCAGACGAUCUCUCCAGGGCCCCAGUGCGGAGCUGCUUAAAUUUGCCAGGAGUGAAGAGGAGUUGAGGCACAGCAUGCCUAAUCUGGCCCCCCGCACCAGCCUACGUUCCCUGGAGGCAGUCAGAAACAGCCGCAGCAUGGAGGCUAACCUCCAGAGCUCUGGCAACCGCAUGUCCCAACUGACUCACUCCCCCUCCACAGGUAUGGCUUGUAGUCGGCUGCGUAGCAAUGGCCAGUCCCCUCUCUCCCUGCGGACUCCAGUUAAAGCUGUCACUCCUGUGGGCUCCAUGGCAGCUGGUCGUCAGCCUUCCAGAGGUCUGCCUGUUGUCCAAGCACCCUCUGCAGGAGGGGGCCGCAGGGUCCAGUCCCCGGGCUCUGCCAAUGGCGGAGGCUACAUACCCGGGAGAGCCUCCACUGGAGUGGGGAGGUCUGCUGUGGGCCGAGGACAGGCUGUGCCAUCAGCAUCCACCAGGAGUAAACUUUCACAGCCCCCCCAGAGGUCUUUGGGCAUGACUAAAAUGUCAGAUGAAUCCUGGAAAGAUGGCUGUUACUGAGUCUAGUCCGUGAUGAAGGAUCUUCACUGCUGCAACCCUCACCUGACCUCUACCCAUUACCUUUCAUAGUACAAAGAAAACAGCCACUGUGUCCACAAAUGUGUCAUACAACCUUUUGGUCCCCCAUUUCAGACUGGAGCGCUGGGCUGCACUGGAUUUGUAGUUAACUCAUCUCUUUCCCUCGCAUGAAACAUUGUCAACCCACACACAGAGAAUGUGUAGGCAGACAUGAAGGCACACAUGCACACUCUACUUGUGAUAUGGACCAAUUCAGAGCUUCCAGAAGAUGCGUUUGUGUCAAUUUUACUUAUUUUUCUAAGGUAAUUGUGAGAAACUGCUGGAAUAUUAAAGGUUGUAUUACUGUUCUGGUGAUGUAAUUGCUAUGAAGACAAUUUAAAUGAAGAUAUUGGUGGUUUGUUAAUUUUCUGUGUGAAUUCCUACUAGAUGAAGGUGCUGAGUGUUGCAUGCUUGGUUUUGUUUGUUCUCACCCCUACAGCCUUUUCAUCAUUGUAUAGCUGCAAUAUGACAAAUCUUUGAUGUGUCCUACAACGAUCAGUGUGAAUUAAUGAAUUUUUGGUUCAUUGUGAAACUAUCAAAUAGAUUUGUUCUUUAAUUACACAACAAUGCAACUCCUGUAAACCACACUGCCCUUAGAAAUGAUAUAAAAAAGGAAAAAUAUUGUUUGUGCCAAGAUGCAUUUCGGCUGCAGCACUCUUUCUUAUUCGUUUUUAAGUAACCUUGAUUCAUUAAAGGUGCUGUUACGGUACUGCGUUUUCCAGGCAUUUUUACUGCAUAUCUGGAGGUGGUUUUGAGUGUUUGGUUUGGAUACCACUGUAAGAAAAGAAGAAAACUACAAGAAAAUGUUUAUGCACGAAGGCCAUGUGCCUUAGACAGCUAUGCACCCUCAUACAGAGUGCCUCCGAAAAUUAGCUGUAAUAAAAAUGAAUAAUAAAGUCUACCCUGAAACUAUA